AGACAGAAACUGGCUCGAUUCAAUGCCCAUGAAUUUGCUACACUAGUUAUAGAUAUUUUGAGUGAUGCCAAACGAAGGCAACAGGGGAAUCCCCUCACUGGUUCAAAAGAAAAUGUGGAACUGAUACUCAAAUCAAUCAGCAGUCAACAUAGUAGUGAAAGUCAGGAUAAUGACCAGCCUGAUUAUGACAGUGUUGCUUCGGAUGAAGAUACAGAUCUGGAAACAAAUGCAGCUAAAUCAAACAGACAGAAGAGCCUGGAUUCAGACUUGUCAGAUGGACCAGUGACAGCCCAAGAAUAUAUGCAAGUUAAAAAUGCGUUGGUGGCUUCUGAGGUAAAGAUUCAGCAGUUAAUGAAAGUGAACGUCAACCUGAGUGAUGAGCUGAGAAUCAUGCAGAAAAAGCUUCAAACGCUACAGAGUGAAAAUACCAACCUCAGAAGACAGGCCACAACCAAUAUAUAUCAGGUCCAAACUGGUUCUGAAUACACAGACCCUACCAACAGUUCUUCUUUAAAGCGACGGCCAUCUGCACGGGGUAGCAGACCCAUGUCCAUGUAUGAGACUGGAUCAGGUCAGAAACCCUACCUCCCCAUGGGAGAGGUCACAUACCCAGAAGAAAGCAUAACAAGACUGCAGCCUUUCCCUCCACAUAUCGGGAGGAGUGCGUUUGUGACCUCCUCUUCAUCUCUACCUUCCUUCCCCUCCACGCUUUCCUGGUCAAGGGAUGAAAGCACACGAAGGGCCUCGAAGCUGGAGAAGCAGAGUAGCGUGUCCGAGAGUGACUACGAUAACCCCACCACCCCUCUGGAGCUGGAGGAGACAGGGUCAGGCCGGAAGGGCCGUCAGAGGAGUGUCAUUUGGCAAGGGGAGGGAUCCAUCCCUGAAGAUACCGACACAGCCCCCAGCUCUAGCUUGCCCAGCACAGAAGAUGUGAUUCGGAAAACUGAGCAGAUCACCAAGAAUAUUCAGGAGCUGCUGCGAGCAGCACAAGAGAACAAGCAUGACAGCUAUAUACCAUGCUCCGAGAGAAUACACGUGGCAGUAACAGAAAUGGCAGCCUUGUUCCCAAAAAAACCCAAAUCUGAGCUGGUAAGGACUUCUUUGCGUCUGCUGACAUCUAGUGCCUACAGACUCCAAUCUGAGUGCAAAAAAACCCUUCCCGUGGAGACGUGCCCUACGACAGACAUCCAGCUGGUCACGCAGCAAGUUAUCCAGUGCGCUUAUGACAUUGCCAAGGCUGCUAAACAGCUGGUUACCAUCACAACCAAAGAGAACAACAACUGAGUCACAUUUGGCUCUUUAGUCUUGUUUUUUAAAGGUUGAAUUUCAAAUAAAGGUGUGGAACUAUUCAAAUUUUUAUGAGGAAAAGUAAAGGGGCAAGAAACUUUUUUUAAAACCUCAGUAUUAUUUUUGCAUGUUUUCUAACAAUUUCAUGAUUAAUUUAACCCACUGCCUUAUUUUGUGCCUGUGUUGCCAGUUUAGUUACAGAUAAUAGCAUGCUGCAAAUAGCUGUUGAGCCAUUAUCACAUACCAGCAUUGUAUCAAGCUCUCGCUAGAUGUUUCCUUGGGGCCACGUUCCGCUUUCAGAUGUUGCUUGCAAAAACUUUUUUAGUCAGCUGCACGCAUCAGAGGGCAGAAUCUCGCCUCUGCUCUGUCCGGCCUGGAGCUUCAUGUGCUGUGAUGCUGCUGACUGAGAAACCUGCAGCGAAACAGGCUCCGAGGGCUCCAGGACCGUAACUGCAGGAAGAAGGUUGUAGCCCUGGCAAUGGGGUACAAGCCAAAUAUCAUCUGUUCCCAUAUCAACAGUUGUGCAAUAAUACUACGUUUUUAGUCUGCUAGAACGAUAGUAGUUAUGGGCAUCUGAGCUUAUUACAUGAAACUAUACGAGGUCUUUGUCACUUUAUCCGUUUUGGAAGGAAUUUUAAACGUAAUGGGUAUUUCUUUUAGUUGUCACUAUGCCAUUAAUAUAUGUGUUUGAUGUUACUUUAGGGCAUUAGUGGUUAAAAUGU